CCCACUCUCACCUUCUUCUCCUCCUCGGUACUCUCUCUCUUUCUUUCUUACAGAGAGAUCGUGCCAACCAUGCCGAAUUACGAAGAGCUGCCGGAGUGCCAGCUUUUGAGCCCUCCCCUUCUGGUUCCGCCCCUCUCCGCCACCCCCAACCUCGUCCUCUACCUCUCCAACCUCGACGACCACCGGUUCAUCCGCUUCUCCGUCAAGUACCUCUUCCUCUUCCGCGCUCCCUCACCGCCCGAAGUCCCCGCCAUCCGCUCCUCCCUCUCCUCCCUGCUCGUCCACUACCACCCGCUCGCCGGCCGCCUCCGCCGGAGCCCUGCCGACGACGCCAAGCUGGAGAUCGUGUGCUCCGGCGAGGGGGCGCUCUUCUCGGAGGGCUUCAUGGACAUCUCGGCCGACGCCUUCCUCAGGGCCGCCAAGUCCCCUAAUCGCUCCUGGCGCCAGCUCCUCUACCGCAUCCCCGGCCACGACUUCCUCUCCACCCCUCCCCUCGUAAUUCAGGCGACUCACCUGAACUGCGGCGGGAUGCUGCUGUGCGUGGGGAUGAACCACUGCGUGUGCGACGGCAUCGGGAGCGCCCAAUUCCUGCGCGCAUGGGCCGAAAUGUGCCGACAUCCCGACGCUCCCCUCUCCGUCCAACCUUGCUGGGGCAGGGAAGCUCUCAGGCCUCGGCUCCCUCUCAAGAUCCAGUUCCCGCACCCCGAGUUCGCCCAGCCCGACCCGGAUCCCUGCCCCGAAGACCGGCCACCGGCGGCGGCCGCCGAGCCUCUGGUUCCGGUGUCCAUCACGUUCGGCGCCGACCGGAUCCUGCAGCUCAAGCGCCUCUGCAUGCCCUUGCUCAAGUGCACAUCCUUCGAGGUGCUUGCCGCGCACGUCUGGCGGUGCUGGGCCCGAGCGAUGGCCAGGAAGACGGUGAAGCUCCUGUUUACGGCCGAUGUACGGUCGCGGCUCGACCCGCCGUUGCCGGCCGGAUACUACGGGAACGGGUUUGUGCUGGCGUGCGCGGAAUGCAACCCGGAGGUGCUGGGGCACGAGAGCAUCUGCGGGGCCGUGAAGGCGGUCCAGUCGGCGAAGGCCGCGGCGCUGUCCGACGCCCAUGUCCGGUCCGUGGUGGACCUGUUGGAGGAGCGGCGCCCGAUGGUGGACUUGGGCUCGAGCCUGGUGGUGACCCAGUGGUCUAGGCUGGGGCUGGAGAGGGUGGACUUCGGGACCGGGCUGCCGGCCCAUGUGGGCCCCAUCUCCAGCGAGGUCCACUGCAUAUUCCUGCCGGUUGUGGGCCAGCCGGAGGCCGUGACCAUCUUGGUGUCCAUGCCCGAGAGUAGGGCCCACAAGUUCGAGUGCUAUUUGCGAGAUCUCGCAGACAAGGAGGUGGAGGGCCCACUCGGGGUCAUACCAAAUUACCAACUUACCCCCGUCCGGAGCUAAUAAUUUAAUUUCUUCUCUUUUUUUUUUCCUUAUGGCUUCAUUUGGAAAAUGAUUUUGGGAUGUGUUUGCCUCUGGACUGAUCAGUUUUUUUUUUUUUUGGAUAAUUGUUGACAAAGUGUUGGAUAUGAAGCUCAAGCCUCCUAUACAAUGGCUUAGUGUCACCUUGUAUAAAUUUUCAAAGGGAGAAAAAUAAAACAAAUAAAUUGGAUA